GACCCGCCAUUUCUCAUGGUGAUUUGAAUCCAUCUGCUUCAGUUUUGUGUUCUCUCUACAUUCACAUUUAUUGGACGUAAUGGUUUGAAAACUUUGUCAAGACUAAAGCGAUUCUUAGAUGAGUACCUUUAUAAGAUAUCCUAUCGUUGGUUCAUUAUUAAAUUUAAGCAAUUGUCCUCUUUUUCACAAGAAUUUGAAUACAGUGUUUCGAAGAGCUUCCAGUUUUCUUUCUUGUAACAGUAUUCGAACAUUCUGCGCAGCUCCAUAUGUCUGUGCUCCAGAGAGAAACUUCUAUUUGCUGAGAAGAAGCUUUCUCUACAAAAGUCAUUUGUUCAAUGUUAUAUCUUCUCAAAGAGAACACUCAAAAUGGUUUUUUAUAAUUGAUUUUUGAAAAAGUUCCUAUGAUUCUCAAACGCUAUUCAAAGAAAACCGUAACUGGCAAAAGGCAAGGAACGAAGCAGUUAAGACUACGAAACAUAACUUGUUGUUGUUAAGAUAGAGCUUAUAAAGGAUGAUUCACGGAGUGAACAAGUAGGAGACAACAGCGUGCAUAUGAAAAGAAUAGAACUGAUAGAAAACAGUUCUUGCGCCUCUUUCGGGUAUAAGAAAACAGUUUACGACAGAAGUAGGUCAAACUGAAAAGAACUUGAAUGGAAAUUUCUACUUAUUUGCGAUUGAAUAGUGUAUAUGGUGCUCUAUAUAUCUUAAAAACAAGGCGUUUGUAGGUAUUCUGCUUUUCUCUUCUCUUCCACUAGUGAGGCCCACUCUGAGCAAAUAGCAACCAUUUUUAUAGGAGGAAAUAUGUCUUGAAUUUCUUUCGCAAGCUUUCUUAUCAUCUCAGUCUUCUUUAUAAAGAUCCAGUUUCAUCU